AUUACUCCAACCCGUAAUUAUACCAUUUGUGUUUACUGGAGUCAUGAGACCUGGAUUUGAUUAAUCAAGUACGGGUCGGGUUCAAUCGGAGUUUUUCCCGAUGGAGAAAAAGCCGAAGGCAAGGAAAGCGACGCCGGCGAGCGAAAGCGGCUUGGAAUCCGACGGGAGUAUCUGGGGAUGGGCCGUGUGGAAGAGCACCGACGCUUCAUUUCUCUGCAUCGGUCUCUUUUCUCUCUUAGUAAGACUCGGUGUGUCCCUACAUUCAUAUUCCGGCGCCGGAACUCCGCCGAUGUACGGAGACUACGAGGCCCAGCGGCACUGGAUGGAGAUCACAGUCAAUCUCCCAGUAAGAGAAUGGUAUCGAAACAGCACAUUGAAUGAUAUGAAGUACUGGGGUCUCGAUUACCCUCCUCUCACUGCAUAUCAGAGCUAUUUUCAUGGAGUUUUCCUCAAGGUCUUCGAUCCGCAGUCAGUUUCCCUCUUCAAUUCUCGGGGAUACGAGUCUUACAUCGGGAAACUCUUGAUGCGUUGGACGGUUGUAUCAUCUGAUGCUCUGAUAUUCUUCCCGGCAGUUUUUUAUUUUAUGAAGGUGUACUAUUCUAGCAAACUUGUUCAACAGAAAAGCCAUUCAGUGUGGCACAUUGCAAUGGUUUUGCUGAACCCGUGUCUAAUUUUGAUCGAUCAUGGUCACUUUCAGUACAAUUGCAUUAGUCUGGGCCUUGCCGUGGCUGCUGUUUCUGCAAUAUUAUCUGAUAGGGAUCUUGUUGGUUCAAUGUUGUUCACUCUCGCUCUCAAUCACAAACAGAUGAGUGCCUAUUUUGCACCUGCAUUUUUCAGUUACCUCUUUGGUAAAUGUCUAAGGCACAGAAAUCCCCUUCUUGAAAUCUCAAAGCUGGGCUUAGUGGUAUUGGGUACCAUGACUAUGAUUUGGUGGCCAUAUCUCUAUUCAAAAGAAUCAUUAUUGGAGGUUUUGGCACGCCUAGCUCCAUUUGAGAGGGGCAUAUAUGAGGAUUACGUGGCUAAUUUUUGGUGCACAUCUUCCGUUCUUGUGAAAUGGAAGAGAUUGUUGAGCUCCCAAUCUUUGAGGCUUCUCAGUCUUGCUGCAACAGUUUCUUCUUCUAUCCCUUCAAUGGUGAUGCUAAUAUUGGCACCAAGCAAACAAAAUUUCUUGUAUGGGCUGCUCAGUAGCUCUUUAUCAUUUUACUUGUUCUCAUUCCAAGUGCAUGAGAAAUCUAUUCUCUUGCCUCUUCUUCCUGCAAGCCUCUUGGCCUCAGAAGAGCCUUUUAUCUUCCAUUGGUUCGCGGUUUUUGGCCUGCUCUCUAUGUUCCCACUUCUAAGACGCGACAAGUUGAUUCUGCCAUAUGCUGCGCUCUAUGGUCUUUUCCUCACUCUUUACAAUGCCUCAAGUGGAAAAUUGCAUAGGAAGGAAGGAAGCAUUUUCUUCAUCACCUUAAAGUCACUUCUUUUCGCCUCAUCUCUUAUCCUUCAUGUUGUCUACUUAACGGUAAAUCCUCCAAACCGCUAUCCUUUUUUAUUUGAAGCUUUGAUUAUGCUUCUUUGUUUUUCUCAGUUCUUAUUUAUUUAUGCCUACUCCAAUACAAGACAGUAUAUGUUAUUGAAACUUACUGGCCGGGUAGAGAAAGCGAAGAAAAAUCUAUGAUCUUGAUAGGGCUAUUUGUAUUUAUUGACACUAUAAGUUGUAUUUGGAGAAUUGAUCAAUAAGAUGUACAAUAUAAAAUAGCAAUUCUGCCUUCACCAAACACAUACUAUAUCUUCUAAUUGAUAAAAUAAGUACUCCGUAAUUCAUUUAUUUAUAGUUAAUACUUCUUUCCAAAAUUAUCUUAACAAUCAAAAACUCAUAUUCUG